AUGAUACGAUUGGGUCGUAUACGACGUGAUCCGACAAUAUCCGGUAGCGAAACUUUACCGGAAUCCGCCGUGCCGCAUGACGCUCGAUUUCAUGUAGAUCCGGCUUA